CUUCAAUAAUUGCUGAUGGAAUUGAAUUGCUUUUUAGGGAUAUGGCUUCCAAUAUUUCUAUUUGCCCUUCUUCAUGUCAGUAAUUAUGGCAUAGAAGUGGUUGAGUGGUUUUCUCCAAGUGCCCUUGGUAUACUGAAGAAGGGCCUUGAAUUAAUUGAACUGCAAAGCAUAAAUAUUUUAAGGAUUAUUGCAAUCACAGAAAUAUUCAUUCUUCUCAUCAUUCCUUUUUCUCUUCUCUCCUUCUCAUUCAGUGGUUUAGCACUACCGGUCGUCAUCGUCGUUGUCUAUCUCAAAUUUUUAGUAUGUCGUUACACGUCAAAGCAAAAUCCAUUUACUAGAAUCGUCUUUGGUGAACUUCUUGAAGAAAUUGAAGUCCUUUGCAACAAAUCGUUCUGCCCAGCAUGUGUCCGCAAUUUUUUAUACACAUUGAUGGCUCCUUUAACGUCACGAAUCGUUCGCAGCAGCAAAAAGGAGCAUUUCAUUCGGCUCGAAAAACCAUUACUUGGGAAGAAACGUUUUAUAUCUGGACUAUAAUAUUUGGACCACUAGUGAUAAAUUUUCGCCGUGGAUUACAGCCCCUCCUUGUGAACAGUACUCAAAAACAAAUUUUAGAUAAGCAUGUUUCGUGAAAAGCCCGUGGACAAAUCUACGUUCUAAAUUUAAAAAUGCUGAGGUUUCUCCUUAGCACUGUUACAAACUAUUAAUGUUCUGUUUCAACCAUUAGCAUUGGUAAGUAUUCGGAAGUGCUCAGGCUACCCAAAGUAAUGGGGGGAAAUUCUUGGGAGUGAC